CAGCUGGGGGAGGAUUUCCGACCGAGCACGGCGAUGGUAGCAGACCCAGCCGUGGAGGCAUUUUACUCGGAUAACACGGAGGGACAGUCACUAAACCCAGGAGCUUCUGCUCCUGUGUGUUCCCCCAAAUCCCUCUAAGUUGUAUCGGGCGAAAGGGAGUCAACCAGAGGCGGACGGAAGAGGACGCACUACAGCCAAAGCGCACAGUCUUGUGUUUGUUGGACUCAUACAUGCCAGCAAAAACUAGUGCUGCCAAGACCAAAGGAGCUGCCAAAGUGCUGGAGAUAUCUUUAAUAAUAGGCCUACAGCCUCGACAGUGCGAGAGGUGCGUUCAAUUGGAUUUUACUUCUCUUCUCUGGAGACUUUGUAGGACUUGGCUCCUUGGGGAAUGAGAAGAGAGGAAAUCUAGCCUGUCUUCCAAAUAACCAGAGCCUCCUAACUGGAUCUACUCUGAACGCAGGAAAUACGGCCUGGGAAAAAAAGUUGGGAAGAUUUUGGAAACGAAAGGGGAGGGGGCAGUGACGUUUUGCACGUCGUUUACCACCAUUUUUAAACUAAAUCAAACAAAUUGUGCCCGUUUUGUUUUCAUUUUUAUGGAGUUUGAGAAAGUUUAUGAAAUGCCAUUGAGGUGCGCUAUGUGCUGUUAUUGCAAGAGUUUUGAUCAUCACUAUUUAUAGACCAGCCUGCUCCGACCAAGGCUGUUCCUCAUAGCUCUAUGUUUUGCCAACUGCGCGCAACAAGUUGCAGACACUCCCAGCAGAGGCAAACCUACUCUAAUUUGGGACAGUGGAUGGUAUUUUUUGCGCUUCUCUUUUUGGCUUGCGCGUCUUUGAAUAGCACAUACCUCUCCCGACCCCCACUUUGGAAAGCAGAGAGGGAAUACAGUCCGGAGAUCCGGAGAGGGAGUUCAGGAAAGGACGGGGCUGGAUCCGCGGGGAUAGGCCUGUCUGUCAGGCCUUUUAUGAUCUGGAUCUCGGACUGGAUUCCGGAUCACCGCAGACUUUAAUAUUUGCAGGAGCUCUUGGAUUGGCGAUUAUGCGAUACGCACAUGGACAUACAGCUGUGGAAUCUUUGACAUAUCGAGCCAUGCAUUAGUAGAGAUGGUAAAAACUGCAAGGCAUUAGAUUCAACAUUUAAGCGCAUUGACAUCACUGUUAUUUGAAGCAAUCCCUGUUGCCCACGCUGGGCAAAUUCAGAGGAAAACCAAAUUUGAGUAUUUCUGCAAAAUCAUUUUGGCACAUAACCUACACAAAAUAUAGCUUUUUGCAACAUUCAUGACUGUGUUUCACAUCACUGCAAUUUAGUGUGUUUCUAGUGACGCUUUAACAAGAGCUUAAGGACAGUGCAACUUUUGUGUCACUUGCUGCGCAGCUCCAACUGUUGAUAGUCAUCUGUAGCUCAUUGAAUGAGUCGCUGGAUCAUUGCGCUGUCUUUCCAUGCAAUCAAGACUUUAUUGGAAUAAAACAUCUGGACAUUUUCUGACGUCGCGUGCUGCAUACAGGAGAUCGGUUCCAGUGAAGAAGACUUUCUUGAUGAGGGCGUAAAAUUGAGUUGCAUCACUAGGCUGUGCUUUCCGAGAAGGAUGUUGAGUUUAGGAGACAGAAAGAGUGAUGACAGUGUUUUUACCACAGCUGGAGAGACGCUGUGCUCAGACCAGAGCCUCUUUGGAGAAGGGUACGUGUAAUGUGAGUAGUGACGCAAACCAGGGGCCAGAUAAUGAACUGCUCAAGAAACUGGAACGGUGCGUCUUAUGAGAGUGAGUGGUCAGGCUGCUGUGUGCGUAGCAAAGACGUCUGUGCUGUGCUUACCAUUCAUGCAGUGUAAUUGUUCCAACAAACCUGUCUACUCCUUUCAUCGUGCCACCCGUGCACACACGGCGCCCACGCAAGUCAUGUAAGUGCCGGAGCGCCAUCAGGAGAUAUUAUUAAUAUUUAACGCAUCGUCUGCCUCCCCUUUACCGCGUCACACCAGUCAAUAUGGCCACUCUGCAACAACACCGGCAGCUUCUUAUGCACGGCACGGAAGUGAGCUGCGACUCCAGUGGGGAUGGUGCUGUGACUGUGAGGAUUACCAACAGUGCACCACACGUGCAUGGUCAGGAGUCAGUGACAGAUGCCAGCAGAGGAGCUGGGGACAAUAAGGCUGUGAGUAAAACCAACCCUAACCUCCAUAAAUACAGCAUCUCCUCCAGCUGCAGCUCAGCAGACUCCAGACAUGCUGUCACCUCUGCCUCCAGAGUGCACAGAGAAGCACCCCCACUGUUCGAGAGGUCAGCUGCCCAGUGCUGGGACCCCAAAUUUGAUUCUCCCAUCUUGGAGGAGGCAUGCCAGGAGAGGUGCUUUCCCCAGACACAGAGGCGUUUUCGAUAUGUCCUUUUUUACCUGGCAGCAUCCUCUGUCCUCUGGGGCAUUUAUUUUGGGGUCAAUAAUGACCGAUGUAACCCCAUGGCCUUUCUUGUCCCAACUGCCUGUUUCCUGGUCCUUCUUGUGCUCCUGUUUGUGUUCACCUUCACCCAGCCAUACACACAGCUUUAUAGCCAAACCUCACUGCUUCUUAUUGCAGUCACAUUUGCAAUGACUCUAGCUCCCCAAACACAGACUGCAGGUUAUACAGAGCUAGAGUGGGCAGGCAGUGGUAAUGCGUCCUAUCAGUCAGCCAAGCCUCUAAUAAUGCCAUGCAUUUCACCUGUUGGCACGUUCUCUCUCUGCAUGGAGGUGCUGCUGCUGCUCUACAGUGUCCUUCAUGUACGCCUCUAUGCGUCUGUGCUCUUGGGGCUCCUCUACUCUGUUCUGUUUGAAGCCUUUGGAUGGUUACCUUUCCUUCAGAGGGGAUAUGACAACACUGAAGAGGACACACUUCGUUGGUUGGGCCCAGGGAAAGCCCUGCUCCACCUUUGUGCACAUGUCAUUGGUAUCCAUCUCUUCAUCAUGUCAGAGGUGCGUUCUCGGAGCACCUUCCUCAAAGUGGGACAAGCCAUAAUGCACGGAAAGGAUUUGGAGGUGGAGAAAGCCCUGAAGGAGCGCAUGAUCCACUCUGUGAUGCCCCGACGGGUGGCCGAUGAGCUCAUGAAACAGGGAGAUGAUGAAGGUGGGGGUGGAGAAAACUCAGGCAAACGUUAUUCCUCUGGAGCCUGCUCUGCCUCUGCUGUGUCUGUGGGGGGAGCAGGAGGUGCUGCAGGAUUACAAUCACAAAGUGCCAUAAGCCCCAAAAACCAUAGCAAUCACAAAAGUAAGAAGACCUCCAUACCACGAGGUCAGAUCAUAUUCAGACCUUUCAACAUGAAACGGAUGGAGCCAGUCAGCAUCCUUUUUGCAGAUAUUGUUGGCUUCACUAAAAUGUCCGCAAACAAGUCAGCCCCAGCCUUAGUGGGUCUCCUCAAUGAUUUAUUUGGCCGCUUUGAUCGCCUCUGUGAGUUAACGGGCUGUGAGAAAAUCAGCACUUUGGGGGACUGUUACUACUGUGUGGCAGGAUGUCCCGAGCCCAAACCAGAUCAUGCGUACUGCUGUGUGGAGAUGGGACUAGGCAUGAUCCAGGCGAUCGAACAGUUCUGCCAGGAGACGUGUGAGACGGUUAACAUGCGGGUGGGAGUGCAUACAGGGACAGUUCUGUGCGGGAUCCUGGGAAUGAAGCGCAUCAAAUUUGAUGUGUGGUCCAAUGACGUCAAUCUGGCCAAUCUUAUGGAACAGCUGGGUGUUGCAGGGAAAGUUCACCUGUCUGAAGCUACUGCAAAGUUUCUGGAUGAUCGCUACAUAAGGGAAGAUGGAAGGGUGGCAGAAAGAGCUGGCCAGAUAGCUGUAGAGAAAAUUAAAGGUCUAAAGACAUAUCUGAUCUCAGGGAGGAAAUUGGAGCAUGAUAUGCAGUGUGGAUGUUCUCAUGUGGGUUUGUCAAGUGGAGACUUUGCUGGUUUUAACUUGCUGUCCCGUCCUCAGUGCCAUGCUCCCGACAUCAUUCCUGGAGCACAGGCCGCUGAUCCAUUAGCUCUGCAUCAACUAUCAGACAGGACUGGCCAUGUAUCCCGUGGUGUAGUUUUGUCCUCUGCAGCAGAUCAGUAUGAUGAGGUUGCUGUACUGAAUGGGGGCAAGGAUGACAACAAAACCUCUGGUGCUAAAUUCCCCCCUGGUCACAGUCCCAGAGCAGUCAAUGGCCUCCUGAGUCCACCACUGGAGGAUGCAGUGCGAGCGAGUCAGAGCUCUCUGUGCGACAUGCUGCAGGAGAAGGAGAAGAAGACCAGCUCCAGCACAGGUACAGGCACCAGUCUGGGCAUGGCUGCUGGGCCUGGGGCCACUGGGACCGGAAUGGACCACUCCGCACUCAUCCAACUACGGGCCAAAAACUUCAGAGAGAAGAGUGAUGCACACUUUGUGGAUGUCAUCAGAGAGGACAGUUUGAUGAAAGAUUAUUUUUUCAAACCUCCAAUCAACAAGAUCAGUCUCAACUUUCUUGAAAAACCCUUGGAGACAGCUUACCGGAGCAGCUACAAAGAGGAGGUUAAAAAUAAGGUCCAGGUGCAGACCUUUGCCAGCUCUACUUUCAGCUCAUUUCUGGAUGUGCUCUUGAGCUGCUUCUUCUUCCUUGCCCUGACCCUGGCCUGCUUCCUGCCGGCUCUGGUCACCAGGGGCCCUCCUGCUCCUGCUGCGCUCGCCCUCACACCACUGGCUGGACUCUUGGAGCUCCUCUCUCUGGUGCUGUCUAUACGCAUGGCAUUCCACCUGGAGGAGGUGAUGAGCUGCACCCGCUCACUGCUGCUUGCCGUCUGUGGGUGGGUCCCCCGUCAUGUGGUCGGAGCUGUGCUGGUUUCACUUCCUGCAGUCUCUGUCCUGUCCCACUUCACACUACAACUCCCGCUUCAGGUGAUCAUUUUCUUAUGCUGUGCCACCAUCCUGGCUAUCAUUCAGUUCUGUAACUUCUGCCAGCUGAGUUUCUGGAUGCGCUCUGUUCUGGCCACUGUUACAGGGGUUGCCCUCCUGCUGCUUGUAUACAGCUCAUUGCACAGCUCCAGUAACAGCAGUUUGACAGAUCAUGGACUUAAUUUGUCAACAAACGAUGGUGGUUUGGCCUUUGUGACUCCUGCAGCAGACCCAGAUCUUCCCUUUAAUCCUCUGGCUUCUCUUGUCCAUGAGGCAGUCCUGGCCUUCUUUCUCCUGCUCCUUUUGGUUUGGUUCCUCAAUCGAGAGUUUGAAGUUAGCUACCGCCUGCAUUACCAUGGAAACGUUGAAGCAGACAAACAUCGCUACAAAAUUCAAACGAUGAGAGAUCAGGCUGAGUGGCUGUUGGGAAACAUUAUCCCUAUUCAUGUUGCUGACCAACUUAAGGUCACUCAGAGUUAUUCCAAGAAUCACGACAGUGUAGGAGUGAUAUUUGCAAGUAUUGUGAACUUUAGUGAGUUCUAUGAAGAAAGCUAUGAAGGUGGAAAAGAGUGCUACCGCGUUCUUAAUGAGCUAAUAGGAGACUUUGAUGAGCUUCUUCGCAAACCUGAAUUUAAAAGUGUAGAAAAGAUCAAAACUAUUGGUGCUACCUACAUGGCAGCAUCAGGCCUGAAUGUUCGACAGAUGGCUGAAAAUGAAGAUGACUCUCCUCACACUCAUUUGAUGGCACUCUUCAAUUUUGCCAUUGAGAUGAUCAAGGUUCUGGAUGACUUCAACAAAAACAUGUUGGGCUUUGGGUUUAAACUCCGCAUCGGAUACAACCAUGGACCACUUACAGCAGGUGUGAUUGGCACCACAAAACUUCUAUAUGACAUCUGGGGAGACACUGUCAACAUCGCCAGUCGUAUGGACUCUACAGGUGUGGAGUGUCGUGUGCAGGUGAGCGAGGAGAGCCAUGCCAUACUCAGUUCAAUGGGCCUCGAGUUUGACUACAGAGGCACUGUGAAUGUUAAAGGCAAAGGACAAAUGAGGACCUUUCUCUACCCCAAAAGUGGGGAGACACUGUGCCAACAUAUAGCUGGAAUGUAUGUCAGCCAUGAACCGUCAUGUACAUCAUCAAAAAUCAUAUCACCUCCAUCUUUAUCAGUUUAUCCACUCCCACAUUUAAGUGAAAGGCCUGAAACAGCCCUAGAUAAACCAACAGAGUGGAGGGAUGAAGGAUACAGGGACCCUUCACAGCUUCUUGAAAAAUCCGCUGAAACAGAGACUUCUAAGUCUGGACCAGACAUAGAAUCUAGUGAAACAGAACUGCCAUCACAACAGGAUACACGUCCUUCUGCAAUGCUGCAGCAGGAGGAUGAAGAGGAGGGUGAGGUCAAUGAGCUAACGAAACUUAAUGAGGAAUGUUAUGCCCGUCUUUGAUGGACUUGCCUUUUUCUACAUGAAUGCUGAUCCCCUUUAAAAUCUGCAGCUGUGAGCAGGUUGUCCCUCACUGGCACAAUGUCUUCGGCACAGACAGAGAAUAGUGGCAGGAGCAGGUCCUUAAGCUUUUUGAAGCAAUGCUGAAUUGCAAUAGACCUGUUGAGCACAGCAAAUUCUGGAGGAAAGGGGAGGCAUUUUGCAUCUUUAUGGUUUUAAUAUCAAGUGCCUUCUGGACUUAAACAGUGAAUAUAGAUAUUGAACAAAGUCUAAACAUCAUGAUUUUUUCAUGAAGCAGGCUACAGAGUAUGCUGUGGUUUCUUAGUCAUGGUUUAUUUUAAAUGCAAGUAUUUCUUAAAGAAAAAUGUAUAUAAUGGUGCCAUAUAUUGUUUGAGAUGAUCAAAGUACUAUUCACCUUAUGGGAAAAUAAUUGCAGAAACUAUUAGAGCCAGUGUAGUGCUGAACUGAGCAGGGAACUAUGGGAGGAAAGAGGGAAUCACAUAAAGCAGUAUUAAUGUGUGUAUUUUCUGUGAUAUGAUGCUCAACUCAGUAUUCCUUCAUGCAAAGGUCUCAUUAAGACGAGACAUGCUUUAUGGCAACUGCACAGAUUAAAGAUUGUCUAUUAGCCAAAAGUACGUUGAAGCACAGGUGUUGCACAGAAAUUUCCCAACCACUUUUUUUCUUGAUGGGAUCAUUUUGAGUGACAGAACAUGCACUCAUAAGAACAAUCUAAAUCAAAAGGGAUUAUUCAGAGAAAUAGGUGAACAAUCAGAAGCAGGUAGGCACUUUAGAUAUAACUUUAACUGGGGCUAUAAGGGACAAUCAACAUGUAUGUUCAGUGUAUGAUGACAAGUGCAAUGGGUUCUGAAAAUACCAUCUGCCUUUCAUGUGUAAUUUGGUGCCAGAGGGCAGACCUUUACCUUUUUCUAUAUGAAUAUCAAAAUUGUGCUCUCCAAUUUGAGUGCUUUCUAAUUGUUUUGUGGUGCCUUUUUAUUGUUAUUAUGUCAAGUUCUGCCUUUGUGAGGAGAGAUGCAACGUUGGAGAAAGAUGCUUUUGGGUUUGCUUUUGGGUAUACAGAAUAAUCCUACUCCUGAUGCACUUCAUUAAGAUUUUUAUUUGUGGCCUUACUAGAAGCCACAAACUUGUAUUCAAUAUUCAGAAAAUUAAGAUUAAGAUAUAUUUUACUAUUCCCCGUUGAGAAAUUUGUCCUCUGCAUCUUUCAAUACCACUGGGGCAUCUCCUCAAUAGCAGUGGUUGCCAUAGUGCAGUGCUGGUGGACCCAUCUCCAGAUCUUGAACUAACUUUCAUCAGUACCUUAGAUGGAGUGGAUUAUACAGUUUGUGUAUUGUUUGGGUUUGAUCAUGGGGAGAACCUGUCCUCCCCAUAAGAAAUUCUUGCUGUGAGGUGAGAGUUCCAACCACAGCAACUGUGCAGCCAACUGGAUAAGAAAUGUUGGCCAUAAUGCUAUUUUAAUCAAAGAUUAUUGUCUUAUUUGUGCUUUAAAAUGCUCCGUGCCUUUUAGAUUAUUGGAAAUUAAUAAAUUUUUGAGCUGGUACCAAAUUCUACUAAAUAUCUGGCAAGUACUUGAAGUCUAAAUUUUGCUUUUAGUCAGGUUCCAAAAAUGAUUCCUGUACAAAGUAUAAGAUAUAAAAUAUAAGUAAGAGCAUUUCUAAACAUCUUUCACAACAAACAAUUGCACA